AUAAUAUAUAUAUUUAUGAACCAUCAGUUUUCGAUCUGUUCUCUAAUAAGGGACGUGCCUACGAUCAAGUGGGGGUAGAUUACUCAUAACGUAUCGUAUCUUAUCUCUCGAUGGUAGGUGUUACUAUGUCUCUAAAAAGGUGUGGUGUAGUACCUCGUUAGGUGAAACCAAAGGGAUAACGUGUCUUAUAAAAGCAGCUAGCCUAACAGAAUCAGUUGCAAGAUGAUUAGAGUAUAUUCCUGGAUUAUUCUAUUUACCCUUGGCGUUUUUGCGCAAGAAACUAUAUAUCGAAGUGUGUCAUCAUCUCUGAAAGAAUGUUAUGAAAGUAAAUAUCUUCUAGAAAAAGAUAAUAGAUUGCCUCAUACUUUGAAUACAUUAAUCACGAUUCUCCAAAAGAUCGAGAAAACAGAAACACAAUUAAAUAUGGAGUUAGGAGCCUUAACUAUUGGAAUUAUGCACAGAUUUCGUCAAGAUGGAAUAGUAAAAAAUCCUCACGUUAUUGAGCAAUCUGGUGUAUUGCCAUAUAGAGCAGCUGGCCAAGCUCAGAAAUAUGUGGUAAUAGCUCGCUUCAUACCAGAGGAGAGAGGCCACCUUCCUUACAAUAUACUCACCGAUAUCGAAAGGUGCACCCUUCAUUUUAUGCUGUCUAGCAGUAUUGAAAUCUAUGAAAGAGGGGAUGAAAACAUAGUAUGCAAAUAUGCUGACAACGCCUACAGAAACACGAGAAGUGUAAUGUCUAGCAUUUAUUCCAACACAAAUUUGGAUGUAGACGAUGAUGUCGAAACCUUAACUCCUGAACAGAUCGAUGUUAUUACAAAUAACAAAAACGGAAUUAACGAAAACGUAUUUCAUCCAAACGCCUUGUAUCCGGAAUUACCGCCGAAUCAUCCGAAAAUCGCCCGACUCCGCCACGAGUCGUCGAUAAGCAAAUGUCCUGUGGAGAAUGGUGUUAUAAAAACCAACUGGGGUCCUGUUUCCGCCGGCCCACUAAUUGCUGGUAUAGCUGCUGGACUGCAGUCUCAAACUGUAAAGCUCUCCGAUGUAUUUCCCGAUGAAGAGAACGAGGAGAGAAAAGGAAAUUUAUCAAAAUUAUUCUUGGAUAAUAAAUGGAUGGCAACCGUAGCUGGUGAUUUAGCUGAAGUUACCUUAAUGCAAGGCCCUACAAAUGAGAUUGGCGUAGGUGUAAACGGCAUGUGGAAUUCAUCGUCUUUGCCCCGUUGGUACUUUCUGAAAUCCAAUGAGAAAUUAGAAUUUACCACGGCGGAGAUCAGGGGUGACAUCGAUGGACUAAUUCUCGCUAGCGAAAUUGAGGCUUUAUAUUCUAAGGUGCCCUCUUUGAGACUGUCGCAGAUUUUGGAUCAGUAUUAUAGCCCCCGUGGAUUGUUUAAUCCUUCGAUUAGAGCGUGCAAUCGGAAAAAACUCUUCCAAACGAUUAUACCGAAAACGAUCAUGACUGAACAGGCGUACAGUGCCUCAUUAAUCUUGGAAGAAUAUUUGCAUAGAGCUACAAUAAACGACAAAAGAAUGCAGGAAUUUGCGACGGAAGCGACAGAACAGCUAUCUCGUUACGUUGAUUCAAUGAAGGAUUUAACGUGUCAAGAGACAGAAACGGGAUAUUUCAACGAUGUUAUUCAAGUCGCUGUUAGUCUAACAAUUAUUCUCGAUACAACAUGGCCCUUUAGCGAAAUACAACCAAUCAUUGCAGACAUAUUGGAUAAUAUAAAGAUAAAUCAAUACAACAGUCAAUUUAAAAUUAUUAAUGGCCGUGAUGGCAGUAUUGUGCUUAAUACUACUGAUAGUAUUUUAGACUUUGGUUAUUAUAAUAAAACGCAUUAUACCGACGCUACUAGUGGCGGUCUUGCCAAGUUUGAUCUUCCUAAAUCAUUGGAAAAAUUACGCAUUCUGCAAACAGAGAAGUUGAACGUCGAGCGUGAAGGUCGUGGACAAGCAAAAUCUGAUGUAGUCUUAAUUAUGCCAUAUACAUCAGCUCUUUCAAAUUCCGAUAAGGAUUAUUGUAUAGAACAGAUCAAGCAGAUGCGAGAGAAAGUACCGGAUGCUACAUUACUUAUAUUGACUUAUGGAUCAAAAGACAGAUGGACCGAUCUCGUUCUAGAUCCUUCACGUGAUUUGUUCUCUACAACCGCUGGUGAUAUAGGAAGUUCAAUAACGAUUGCUAAUUUAAUUUCAAGGAUAAAACAAGUUCCACAGCGGUUAAUCAAUACGCAAUGUGGAGCCGAUUACACUUCCACUGGACCUUCAAAUGCGUUUACCGAUUACAUUGAACCGGCUACGAUUGUUACUUACAGGAUGCAUCCCAAUUAUUUCUUUUCCAGUGACAGCAGCCAUUUUUCUAAGAUAAAGAUCAAAGGAUCCGGUUGGGGUAAUCUGAAAGUAUGUACAUCACGACAAGUCAUAAAUAUUAAUGCGACAAGUAAUUUACCUGCCGAUACAUGCCGAUCAAUAAAUAACGAUGAAUAUGCCGUUGAUGUUUCCUGUGGCGAUGCUGGUUUUAUACAUCUUUGUAAUCCGUUAUAUUUAACAAUAAUUGCCAAUGCUUCAGUUACAAAUUAUAAUUGUGUUGAUCCAAAGGUGUGCAGAUUUGCUCACAUGAUUGAAUACACUGUCUCCUACGAAAAUCUGGUAUGUGAAAACAGUGCAAGCAUAAACAUACUGAAUAUGUUGGUUUUAAUCCCAAGUAUGAUAUACAUAUUUUUGUAAUAAACAAUAUCAAGAAUAUUACAUAAGCCAAUUUUUUUAACAAACAAGAUAAAUGUGUUUCAAUAUUUGUCAAAUUAGAAUUAGAAUUGUAAAUAUCUUAAUACUGCCCUUUUGUGAUAGGCAUGCAAAAUAUUUUCAAGUCACUGCAUUUGUAUAAUGACAUUGAACUUGUUAAAAUAACGAAGUAUUAGGAAGUUUACUUACAAAUAAAUUGAUAAUAAAUA